CUAAAAUUCCCACUUAAGAAACUUCUCUCCUAUUCGGCCAUGAAUUCAAAAUCCCGCCGAAGGUUAAAAACAAGCGAAUGAAAAAGCAUUUUCCUUUUUCCUUCAAAUUCCAACGCUGAAAAGACAUUCUGGCACUUUCCGGGGAAAAAAAAGCUCUGGAGUUUCACGCCUUGUGGUUUUCAAAACGCCGAUGGCAGUGAAAAUCUGAACCCACGAGUCAAUUGCUAGGGUUUUUCGUUUACUGCUCAGAUUGAUAAGCUAGAGUUUUGGAUUACUGAAACAUGAAUUUGGGCGAUCUCAACAAGGUAUGGGAAGUGAAGCCCCUGAAAAAGGCUGGAGAAGAUGAAGCGAGGAAGAUUCUGGAGAGGGUAGCCAAACAUGUCCAACCCAUUAUGCGGAAACACAAAUGGAGAGUCAAGCUUCUCUCUGAAUUCUGCCCAAACAAUCCGGCUCUUCUAGGGUUGAAUGUAGGGGGUGGCAUUCAUGUGAAGUUGAGACUUCGGAGGCCCAACAGAGAUUGGGAUUUCUUCCCAUUCGAUCAAAUUCUUGAUACCAUGCUUCAUGAGCUUUGCCACAAUGUCCAUGGUCCUCAUAAUGCAGAUUUCUACAAGCUUUGGGAUGAAAUCAGAAAGGAGUGUGAGGAGCUGAUGGCAAAGGGCAUAACUGGAACAGGGGAGGGGUUUGAUCUUCCUGGGAGGCGUUUGGGUGGUUUCUCUCGUCAACCUCCUGUUUCAUCUCUACGCCAAACUGCACUUGCUGCUGCAGAAAAGAGAGCCCGUCUAGGAUCUCUAGUGCCAUCUGGUCCUAAACGCCUUGGAGGUGAUAGCAGUAUCAUGGAUGCACUUAGUCCAAUACAAGCUGCUGCAAUGGCUGCAGAAAGGAGAUUACAGGAUGAUAUCUGGUGUGGCUCCCAGAGUUGUGAAGCUUCAGAGGGUGGUGAAAGUAGCUCUGAUCUCUCUGACAGGCAUGUACAUAGGGAGCAAAGUGCUGGAAUGUCAAGUCAUGGUAGUGGUAGAGGUGCACUUGAUUUGGAUGUGACAUCUCGAAAAAGAAGUCAUGAAACUGGAUCAAGUUUUGUGGAUCUAUCCAAGUGUGCUUCAGCCUCUGGGUCUGUGCUUGGCCACAAUGCAACUCACAAUACUGAGGAAUCGAUUAUGUGGGAGUGUGGAAUUUGCACUUUGUUGAAUCCACCAUUAGCUCCUAUAUGCAAGGUUUGCAGCACUGAGAAGCCAAAAGAUGUUGGUAUCAAGUACAAAGUCUGGUCAUGUAAAUUCUGUACUCUGGAAAACAACGUAGAGUUAGACAAAUGUGGUGCAUGCGGACAGUGGAGAUAUUCUCAUGGCCCACCAGUGUCAACUCGUGCACCCAAUCUUGGCACUUGAGAGGUACCCCUCAAAAUGGUCCAUAAACUCUCUGCACAUAUAUAUGGCUACUAUGAUCCUGUCAUUUUUUGGAGAUAUUUACCUUUAUAGUUUGGUUAGAAUGGUUCUCAUAUCAUGUUUUGGAUUUAAAUAUGAACAAAGAAGUAUAGUUGUUGCUUGAGGAGAAAAGCAAAGUUCUACUGUGAA